GCACUUGAGGCCCACUCGUAGCCCGCCUGGGGGGCCGAGUGACUGCCACAAAUCAUUCAGAGUUUGCCAUGAAUCCACCGAAACCUCACCUGUUUUGCCUGCUUGUCCUGGCCGUGAGCCUGACCAGAGCCCUGGGAGCUCAUCCCAGUCCUGAGGAGGCCCAAGAGGAUAUGGCCCGGUUCAUGAGGGUCCUUCGUCACUCCAGUCGAUUCAACGACGUGCUAGGCAACUCGAAGGCCCUGAUCAACUACCAGGACUAUGGGUUCAGCGGCAUCCGGGGCAUCUUCCAGUGGAUGGCUGGCGAGGACAAACGCAACGACGGCAUCUACAACUUCCUGCAAUUCUUCUCCGACCAGGCCGGCGGCUACAUCGGACUGCAGAACUACGACAAGAGCUCCAAAUACACGGUACUCUUCUCCGUCUGGGAUGCCACUGGCGCCGAGCCGGGGCAGAACUUCGACUGUUCCACCUUCGGGGGGGAGGGCAUAGGCUACAAGUGCUUCGACUACGACUUCGAUCUCAUUAGCAACGCCAUAUACUAUCUGGACGUGGAAAUCGAUGGCCCCAGCAUUCGAGGCUACAUCUCCGAGCCCCAGGAAGACCUAGUCGGGGCGACAAACCCUCAAGUGCCGCGCCAGCUGAUCGGAAACAUCACUUGGCCUGGGAAGCAGUCGAACCUGAUACCCUUUGCCUACUACAACGAGAACUACCGGGACAAGGACUCCUGCAAGAGAGCCUUCGAGCUGGUCACAGUCAACCAGGCUCCCAGGCAGUACACCGCCAGAGGACAGGCCGCUACGUCGUUCAGCGAGGCCUAUCUCUACAGUUCCCAGUGCGAAGUGGAGAACAUACUGGUGGCCCUGACAGCGGACAAACAGAGCACGAUCUACUUCACCCGGCCAACGAUCAGAUAAGAUAAGAUAUGUACGAAUUUGAUAAAAGCAUUGAGAUAUUUAACUGAAUUAUAGCUUAGAACUGGAGGAGUGAUCACUGAUCACUGAUCAGCAAACACCCUGAACGGGUGGCUCUACCCUUACGUUUGUGGCAGAGCAGAAUGCACAGAUGCUCACUUGCUCCUCACCUAAAUCGCUGGCAAUCACAGUUUUCAGGAAACCCAUCUUGACCGCCUUCUGGGGCUUCUUUUUCUAGGCUGCCAGGCCGCUCAUUAAGUGUUUCUAGUGCUCCGUUCGAUGCGUUCCGUUCGGCUUGUCCUACGCAGUCGCA